AACUCCUGUAUAAGGUCUCCUGUCCGAUUCUUAUUAUUUUUAGUGUAAAAAAAUUAAAAAUAAUGAUAAUAAAAAGAAGCCUGAAAUAUGAUUAGUAAGUAGACGAAGUCACGAAGACGCAGAGCUCAUAAGACCCGAGACGGCUAAGCAAAAUUUCUAUAAAGUGUAGAUCUUUGGAGAUAAAUUAACGAACUUCUGUUAGAGGAGGAGAGAAGCCAUGAGUUCGAAGGAGGAGGGGUCAUCUGCCCCCACAAUUCGUCGGGACCCGUAUGAGGUAUUGUGUGUUACAAGGGAUUCUUCUGAUCAGGAAAUUAAAACGGCUUAUAGAAAGCUUGCUCUCAAGUAUCAUCCUGACAAGAAUGUUAACAAUCCUGAAGCCUCUGAACUAUUUAAGGAGGUUGCAUAUUCAUAUAGUAUUUUAUCUGACCCAGAGAAGAGAAGACAGUACGACAAUGCAGGGUUUGAGGCUAUUGACUCUGAAGGCAUGGAUAUGGAAAUAGACUUGUCGAAUCUGGGGACUGUCAAUACAAUGUUUGCAGCGUUAUUCAGCAAGCUUGGUGUACCAAUCAAGACUACAAUUUCAGCCAAUGUUCUCGAGGAAGCUCUGAAUGGAACUGUCACAAUCAGACCUCUUCCGAUUGGAACAUCAGUUAGUGGAAAGGUACUUCCAUUGCUUCCGUCUAAUAUAGCUCUCUUUUUUACAACAUAUUUAUUUCUUAGUUUUCAUUACCUGCAGGUAGAAAAGCAAUGUGCCCACUUUUUUGGCGUGACAAUAAAUGAACAACAAGCCGAGUCAGGAAUUGUUGUGAGAGUGACUUCGUCUUCACAAAGCAAAUUUAAGUUACUUUAUUUUGAGCAAGAUACAAAUGGUGGCUAUGGUUUGGCCUUACAGGAGGAUAGUGAGAAGGCAGGCAAGGUGACAUCAGCAGGGAUGUACUUUUUGCAUUUUCAAGUAUACAGAAUGGAUUCAACUGUAAAUGCGUUAGCGAUGGCAAAGGACCCUGAAGCUGCUUUCUUUAAACGAUUGGAAGGUCUUCAACCUUGUGAGGUUUCAGGGCUAAAAGCUGGCACUCACAUAUUUGCUGUUUAUGGAGAUAAUUUUUUUAAGACUGCUGCAUAUACGAUUGAGGCACUUUGUGCAAAGACAUAUGAAGAUACCACACACAAGCUUAAGGAUAUUGAGGCUCAGAUAUUGAGAAAGAGAACCGAGUUACGUGAAUUUGAGACAGAAUACAGAAAGGCAUUGGCACGCUUCCAAGAAGUAACAAAUCGAUAUAGCCAGGAGAAGCAAUCUGUCGAUGAACUACUGAAACAACGAGAUGCUAUUCACUCUGCAUUCACAGUAACCAGGACUGUCAUUCCUAGUAAUCUGAGUUCUAACAAUUUAAGCAAUGGAAGUAGUAGCAAAGUUACUGGAGAAGAUAUGAAAGCUGAGAGCCCAGUGGAAGACGGAAGCUCAGACGGAAAGGAUAAAUCAGCUAGAAAGAAAUGGUUCAACUUGAACCUUAAAGGGUCUGAUAAAAAGCUUGGUUGAUUAGAAACAUAAAAAUUUUUCCUUUUUUAAUUUUUUGAUAUUUUUGUAUUAAAAUUGAGAUGUUUGAAUGCUCCACUUCUUGCUUGCAGCAGAUAUUAGGGCCAGCAAGCUUGCUGCCUGCAAAAAUAGCUUGCCUUGUAUUAUUGGUUUCAUUUUUUCCCCUCUUUGGUCAGGUUCAGUUUGUAGGUUAUUUGUAUGUACAUCUUCAAAUUGUUAUUUUCAUGAACAUAUUUGUAUUUUUGUAAUAAAACUUGAUUGCUCUCUCCUCUGUA